AUGUCCCAAUUUGGCCUAAGCACCACCAACUCGCACUGGGGCUACUCGACGGCGGGUGCAUACUCGCCUUACUUCACGCCCAGCGCCCUGGGCUCGUGUGGGGCUCCCACCUCGCAGUUCAACGCGCCCCCCUCCCUGGGCUUCUCAGGCGGCGCCCCGCCAGACCACUCGUCCACACAAGAUGCCUUCACCACCAGCUCGGCAGUUAGUUCCUUAAUCCCAGAAGCUCCCACUACUGACCUCGAUCAACACUUGGGCUUGGUAUCAUCGCACAACCAUACCAACCACUCGCACACGUCAUCUUCCCACACCUCCUCCCUUCUAGUACCCCGAUACUCAUCCAACCACGCCGAUUUCGCUCUGUCUGGUCCCAGAUCCCUCUCAGACAACUCCAGCACCGCCGAAAGCCCAGUACAAGAAGACCUACUCAGCACGCAGCCUACUCUAUCGUCUGGCCACGCGAACAACAGCAAUUUCUCCCUGCACCAGAACAUGUCCCAAGCAACCUACUCCACAGGUAACUGCAACAACUCCAUCUAUCCAGUGCUACCGGGGCUGCUCUACUCGCAGCUCUACUCGGCCGCCAACCAAUCGCACAACUUCCACUCCUUCCACACGCAUUCUACGCAUGCGCAGCAGCAGCACGAUCUGCAGAGCGUCAUGGACCAUCUGUCGACGAGCAACCACCAGAGGCAAAUGGUGAAUAGCAGCACGGAUUUGCUGCUGAGCAACAACGGGACUUGUGCCGCAGCUGCUGCUAGACAGGACGACGGGCAUAAUAGGGGGUUGAGUGGAAACGGGGGACAGAGGGGACCAGCACAGAAUGCAGAUGCUGUAGUUUGGAGACCCUAUUAGUGUGUGUUAAUUACAUGUGUUUUCGUUUAUAGAACUACGCUUUUUGGGCUCG